GUGCCCAGCAAGGAUGGCGCGCGACCGUGCUCGUGCGCAAGUCACCUGCAUCGCAACCGCCACCCUACUCCUCGCGCAAGCUGUGUUGUCCCAACGACACCCGAUCAAGGAGGCUCUCCUGCUGCACAACGAUGCGUUCAGUAACGCCACCUUCGAGGACUGUGUGUGGAGACGGGAUAAGGAGAUUUGUCCCGAUCCGGAUGUGAACCUACAUCUGUAUACUGAAGCAGACCCUGUUAAGAAUAUUGUAGACCUAAGCAGCCAAGACUGGUUGCGACAGAGCAGCUGGGACCCAGCUCAUGAAAACAUUCUCCUGAUACAUGGCUACGCCGGGGGUGACGAUACGUUGCCGAUUGUCGUGCUUAGAGAUGCGUACCUGCGUCGUGGUGGCUACAACGUGUUCAUGUUAGACUGGGGUGCUCUGUGCCAGCCUCCGUGUUAUGUGGCAGCGGUUCACAACCUGCGCCCUGUGGCUCGGUGUGUCGCUGAAGCGUUGUCUACACUCCGCCGCGCCGGCCUUAGGACUGACAACCUCACCUGUGUGGGACACUCCCUGGGAGCACAUCUUUGUGGCAUCAUCGCUAACUAUUUGACGUUCAGACUUAACAGGAUUAUCGGCCUGGAUCCGGCCCGACCUCUGAUCCGCUCAGCCCCAGCUCUGCGUUUGGAUCCGGGCGAUGCUCGUGCGGUACACGUGCUGCAUACGAACGCAGGCCGCUAUGGAGAGGGCGCUCGACUUGGACAUGCAGACUUCUGUCUCAACGGUGGAAGGAGUCAACCUUAUUGCGAAGAUACACCGAACGAGGCGCUUUGCAGUCACAUCUGGUCGAUCUGUUACCAAGCGGAGAGUUUGUUCCGAUCCCGAGAUGCGGCUCCAUGUGGCAGGAGGUGUUCCGUGCGGGUGCCGCCCUCCAGGGCUUCGGCACUACCUGUGCCUAUAGGACAACCGGCACCUAUGAGCGCCUCAGGUGCAUACUGCCUAGAAGACUUCGCGACGCCAUUUUGUCCGUACACCUCAGGGUUGAAGGAAGGUGACACGCGCUGUUGUCUGGAUGAGUUGUACGCUGCCGCUGCGACUGCUGACCCGCCGCGUAAGAGACCACGGCCUGUCAGGCUGCGCGGCCCGCGGUAUAGGCAUAAUGACAACGAUAGCGAGUAUUAUACUGUAGUUUAAGCUAAUUGGGUAAGUAGGUGUUAGGGG